AUGACUGACGCCGAGAAAAAUGCACCAGAAGCUACUGCCGAAGCCUCAGUUCUAGAAACGACGAAUGCUGAAAAUGACGGAACAGAAGGAGACGUGCAAAAGGAUAAUGAGCACCAACGUACCAUUAAUGUAGGCAAUUUGCCGAAGGAUGUAACGGAGCAGCAGCUUCGCGACCACUUCUCUGGGCACGAGGUGGAGCGCGUAGAAAUUCAUCACUAUCUUCGCAACACUCUGGCACUGCUGGUGUUCAAGGAGAAAGCGGCCGCUCAAAAGGCUUGCGAGGAAAAAGAUGGCUCUAUGUUUAACGGGCGACGGCUUCGCAUGCACAUCGAGUACAUUACCAUCCGGUACACGAAGAAGGACGUGAUUGUGGUCGUAGUUGAGGAUGACAUGACCGAGGAAAAGCUAUACGAUAGCGUCAAGGAGCACUGUGAGGUGACGCAGGUGUUCAUUUUCCAUCCGCUCGGGUACGUGCAUUUGGGCAAGGAUGUGGAUAAGGUGGCCGUGUUGGAAAAGCUGAAUGCGGCCGGACUGAAGGCGUACGAUGUGAACGGUCGCGACCAGAACCAGCACGUGGACUUGUGGCGUGCGGCCAAGCUGUUCUUCCGCAAUCGCAACCGGGUGCAGUUGCUGAACAUACCCCAGAAGUGGGUAGAAAAUACGGACGAGCUGAAGAAAGCUUGCUCUGAGGCGGGCACCAUUACUGAGGCGAUCUCAAAUAACGUUAGCCAGGGUUCGUCCAACUACUAUGCGCGCAUCUUCUUCGAGACGGAAGAUCAGGCCGCCAAGGCUGCCGAAUUGCUCAAUGGAAAGGUGUUCGAGGGCAAGCGCAUCCAUGCCCUGCAUCUGUCGUCCGCUUUGCUGCCCAACUACAGGACAUCCGUGUACGUAUCGCCCUUGGAACGCACCGUCACGGAAGAGGAUGUGUACGAACAGUUCAAGCAGUACGGUGAGAUCGAUUUCGUCAAUCGUCGCAACUGCGGGGAAAGUGCCAUCGUGUGCUACAAGACGUCGGAGGCGGCAGAGAAGGCGCUGGCCUGUACUACCUUCCCGGCACCGACCGAAGCCAACAAGGAGGCCACAAAAACUGUCACCGUCAAGCGCUACGAUGGUCCGCUGGUGUUGCGUGCUGCUGGCGUAAAGCGCAAAGCAACCACCCAACGGACGACCGGCGAUGGCAAAGCGCGCGAACCGCGUGCUUCCAGUGGCUCGGAUCGCGAUAAGUCGCACAAGGACAUUCUGCAGAAGCUGCAGGCGUUUUACCCCGUGUAUGUGUCCAACAUUCCGUUCGGUUGUCCCGGACACGUUAUCCGCGAGUUUUUUUCCUCGCACGGUGGUGAGGUGAAGUUUAUUUUCUCGCCCCAGCACUAUUUGCCGUACCGACUUAGCUCGCCUCAGCCGGUCAAGACGGCCAUGGUGUACUACACGCGUCGCAACGAUAUGAUGAAUGCUAUCAAACAUCUCGAUAAGAAAAUGCUGAACAACCAGCACCUGCACGUGCUUCCCGGUCGUGGAGAUACCAACUUCAACCAGCAGAAGACCGUAAAGCUGUCGAAGAUUAAUGAAUCCCUUUCGGAGGAUGCCAUUUUCCGCAAGAUGCGCGCACUAGGUAAAGUUGUACGUUUGACGAAAAAGAAUCGCUCACUGGCAUUUGUUGAGUUUGCCGACAGUGCCGAUGUUGAGAAGGUUUUGAAAAUGAAGCAGGACGAGCUGCCGAUCAAUUGUACCUUUUCAAAGAUCACGAAAGACGUCAGCCGCCGGCUGUACAACGAGUCUGAUCCUCGCAUUCUGGGUACGGUGGUACGCUUGUUGCGACGUAACCCGAGGAUGCUAAACAAAACCACCGGGGCCGGUCCACUUAUGAGCGGCAACAAUACCGUUGUCGGCAGUCCCGGUGGAUUCGUUGGUGGCAAACGGCCUCGCAUGAAUGGUCCUCCUGGUUUCGGCAAUGUACCGCCCUUCAAUCCCAAUAAUGGUGGCAAUAAUCUUAAUAACAACCAAGCCAUCCAGGACCUGCUGCGCCUGGCGUUCAUGUCUGGCAAGAACGUUGGCGAAAGCCUUGCCGCCGGCGGCGGCAAUGUUGGUGGCAAUCAAGGCCCCAACCGCGGCGGCGGCGGCGGAGGUUCUUUUAAUAAUGCCGAUCCACCAAUUUCUAACCAAGGCAACAAUGCCUUUGGUGGUGGUGAUGGCGGUUUCGGCGCCGGUGGCGGCGGCGGUGGCGGCCGUAAUAUGAACAAUCGCAAUCAGAACAUGAACUUCCGCGGUGGUAACCGCAACAAUCAGAACAGCAACGUCGGUGGCAAUCGAGGCCUCGGCAACAGCAACAACAAUGCUGGUAACAAUAAUUUCGGCAACCAGAACCAGAACAAUAGUGGUGGCCCGCGUGGCGGAAACGUCGGUGCGCUCGGUGGUGGUGGUGGUGGUGGUAGUGGUGGCAACAACAACAACAGCGGUGGUAAUAUGAUGAACAACCGCAACAACAUGAAUAACAUGGGUAAUCGCAACAAUAGCAACAAUAUGAAUAUGAACAACAAGCGUACCGCCGGAAGCAACAAUCUGCCGCAGCAGAAUUCUGCCCUCCCGGUGGGAGGAGGCGGUGCUGUUGCCGGUGGUGGGGUUGGCAAUUUGAACAAGGGCGGCAGUGGUGGUAUGCGGGGCAACAAUCAGGGCAUGGGUGGAGGUGUUAGUGGUAUGGGUGGCAGCGGUGGAGGUGGUAUGGGAGGAGGCGGUGGUAUGAAUCGCUCAAACAAUAUGGGUGGUGGGGCAGGAGGUGUUGGUGGUAUGGGAGGUGGCAACAACAACCGCAACACUCGCAACAGUAACUUUAACGAUAAUAGUUCAUUUGGCGGUAGCGGUGCCGGGGGUGGUAACAACAGCAAUACGUUCGGUGGUAGUAGCAACAACUUUGCGAACGACAACUUUGGCGGUGGUCGCAACAAUGAUAGCUACUCGAACGACAACUUUGGCGGUGGACGUAAUGACAAUUACUCCAGCGACAAUAACUUUGGCGGUGGUAGUGGAGGCGGGGGCGGCGGUCGCAACAACUUUGGCAACAACCGCAAUAGCGAUAACUUUGGUGGCGGCCGCAACGAUAACUUCGGCGGUGGCAGCUCCAAUUUUGGCGGCAACUCGUUCGGUGGCAACAACAGUCGCUUUAGCAGCGACAAUGAUGGUCCGUUCAGUGGCAAUAGCAGCGGUAAUGUCGGUAGUGGCAACAACGCCUUCGGGUUGAAUAACCGCGGCGGCAACAACUCGUCCAACAGUCGUUUCAGCGAUGACAAUAUCGGUGGAUAUGGUGGUAACACCAACAACCGGGGCAAUAAUUUCAAUGAUAACAGCAACAACUUUGGCGGCAACAACCGCGGCAGCGGAGGCAACCAGAAACCCCAGGGCCUGUUCAACCUCGGUGGAGGUGGUGGUGGCGGCUCUGGUGGUGGAAACCUCGGUGGAAGCGGUAACAUGUCGUACAAUAAUUUUGGCGGUAACUCGAACAACUCGGGUGGCAACAACUUCCGCAACAACGACAACAACAAGGGAAACUGGAUGGGUGGCAAUAACAGCAACAACAGUGGGCUGGGUGGAGGACGGUCCAACAACAAUCAGGACAGUAUUGGUCGUCUGGCGGGCAGCUUGUUUAGUCGUCGAUUCUAAA